AUGGGAACAUCAGAGUCGACGGAGUCGACAUACGCAUGGGAUAGCAGAGUAGAACGGGAUGACGAAAGGGGAUUAGACACGCAACCUUUGGAAGAGUCGGACGUGAUUUUGGACGUGACGGAAUACCACAAUCUGGCGACUAGGAUUUCGGACCUUACAUUUACAGCGAAAGGAAAAACGAUGCAAGAUUCACGGCCAGUUUCGGCAUUUCGGUGCGAUCAAAUCGAGACUACAUACGAUAUUACCGAUCAGUAUGCAAAGAGAGCCAAGCUUCUUCAUCUGGGAGGACCAGCACUGCAAGUCGUUUUCAAGAAUUUGAAGGACUACGACCAUGUGCCUUUGGUAACACUGGAACCAAAGUGGUAUAACUGCGCGAUCGAGAAGUUGGAUGAGUUUUUUGAGCCCCGCCAUCAGAGUACCUCGGAGCGACGAAAGCUUCGUUCGAUGAAGCAGAAAACAGGAGAACGCUUUGCAGAUUACGUAAUCCGGCUGAAGCAACAGGUUUCGCAAUGUGGGUUUGACAAGUACGGUGCUGAAGUAAGUGCCAUCCUAAGUGACAUCUAUUUAACUGAUACGGUAGUUGAAGGAUGUAAUUCCAACGAAGUUCGCAGAAGAAUCCUAUUGAAGGAUUUAUCCUUUUCGGAAAUCGAGGCUUUAGGCAUCGUACACGAAGGUGUGGAUCAGCAAAUAGAUGAGAUUGGAGUUGAUCGGCGACCGGAGAAGAUUUUCAAAAUCGAGCAACAGGGGAGUAGCAAGAAGAAAUUUGUUGCUACUGCUGGAAAACCGACGGAAAUGUCUUGCUCUAACUGUGGCCGGCUGCGGCAUAUCGCUGUCUCACUGAUUUGUCCCGCCCGUGGGAAACAGUGCCGUAAUUGCAAAAGCUACGGGCACUUUGAAAGAUUGUGUCGAAAGGCUAAGCGACCUCAAGACAGAAAAACUGACAAGUUUGUACGAGUGGUAGAUGGAAAUUGGAAUCCUGAUGUUUCGAAAGAGAAUGUGGAUAAUAGCGAAACUAAAGUGUAUUACGCCUUCUAUUCGGGAAACGAAUCAAACAUCAUUACGUGCGAAGUUGGAGGAGUUCUAUUGGACAUGCUGAUCGAUUCUGGUUCGGAUGCCAACUUGGUUAGUGGAGAGACAUGGAGGAAGCUUAAGAGUGAGCAAGUGGAUGUGUGCUCCUCGACAAGGGGUAGCUCUCGAAUCUUACGUGCUUAUGGAAGCCCAGAACCACUUACGAUUCUCGGUUCGUUCAUAGCGUACAUUUCGGCUAAUGAUCAACGCAUUCGAGCGAAAUUCUUUGUUGUUGAAGGAGGGCAGCAGUGCCUGCUGGGUGAUGAAACAGCAAAGCAACUGGGAGUUUUGAAAGUCGGGUUAAACAUAAACAAUAUUGAAGUUUGCCCUUUCUCAAAGAUGAACGGCGUAAGCGCGACGAUUCGAAUCGAUCCACAGGCUAUUCCGGUAUACCAACCUAUGCGCCGGAUUCCUGUACCUCUGGAGGAAGCUGUCGACAGGAAAUCAGAUGAAAUGCUGAAACGAGACAUCAUCGAGGUUAAAACGGGACCUACCACUUGGGUUUCACCACUAGUUGUGGUGGGAAAAUCUAAUGGUGAACCCCGAUUAUGUCUGGAUCUUCGUAGAGUCAAUGAGGCUGUGUUGCGGGAACACCACCCCAUGCCAUCAGUUGACGAUUAUUUGGCAAAGCUGGGACGCGGUCGAUUGUGGAGCAAGCUUGAUAUAAAGGAAGCAUUUCUCCAGAUAGAGUUAGCCGAGGACUCUAGAGAUGCGACUACUUUCAUGACUCGGCGAGGAUUAUACCGUUUUAAGCGUUUGCCAUUCGGUUUAGUCACAGCUCCAGAGCUGUUUCAGAAGACCAUGGACGAGACAUUGAGCGGUUGUGAGGGGGUUUUCUGGUACCUGGACGAUGUGCUGGUAGAAGGUAGCGAUUUAAAGGAACAUGAUGAACGUUUGGAGAAGGUUUUGUCACGAUUGAAAAACCGAGGCAUUGAAUUGAAUUGGGGAAAAUGUCAACUGAGAGUUACAGAGCUAGACUUUUUGGGGCAUAAAAUAUCUCAAGACGGUGUUAUGCCUGCAAAAAGUAAAAUACAAGCGAUUCAAUCGUUUCGAGCACCGCAAUGUGAAGCGGAGGUUCGCAGUUUCUUGGGACUUGCAAAUUACCUUGCUAAGUUUGUGCCAAUGUUAGCUACGGUCGACGAACCAUUGCGGAGAUUACUACGCAAGGAAAUAAAAUUCGAAUGGACCCAGGAACAGUCGAAGUCAUUCCACGCUAUCAAAGAUGCUAUGAGCAAGAUCGAGAAUUUGGGGUUCUAUAGAGUUGAAGACCAUACAGCUGUUCUCACCGAUGCCAGUCCGUGCGGGCUAGGUGCCAUCCUGAUUCAGUUCGAUGAGGCUGGUAAACACCGUGUCAUCAGUUUCGCUUCAGAAUCACUGACCGACACGGAGCGCCGUUAUUGCCAAACGGAAAAGGAAGCGUUGGCAAUAGUUUGGGGCGUAGAGCGUUUCCAGUAUUAUCUCCUGGGAAAAACAUUCGAUAUCUACACGGAUUGCAAAGCUUUAAGUUUUCUUUUCUCCCAGCGUUCUAAACCGUGCGCACGUAUAGAAAGGUGGGUGUUGCGGUUGCAAGCAUUCGACUACAAAGUAAUAUUUACGUCAGGAAAAGAUAAUGUGGCUGAUACUUUAUCACGGCUAUCAAUUCAAAAGGCAAUACCGUUUGACUCUUCAGAAGAAAUCUUUAUUCGGGAAGUCGUUAUGCACGCAGUAAAUUCUUCAGCGUUGACAUGGCGAGAUAUCGCAGAAGCGAGUAAAGCUGAUUCAGAAAUUCAACAAGUUUUGAAUACCCUGGAAUCAGGAGAAAAUCAAGAUUUACCAAUCGUAUACCGAGUAAUCGCCAAUGAACUUUGUGAUUUUCAAGGCGUGCUUAUUCGAGGAGAUCGAAUCGUUGUUCCGUGUUCUCUCCGAGAAAAAGUACUGCUUACCGCUCACGAAGGUCACCCACGAAUCACGAUGAUGAAGAAUCAUCUACGUUCCCACGUUUGGUGGCCUAAAAUGGAUGUUCAGGUAGAGAAAAUCGUGAAGAACUGUAGAGGAUGUACCUUAGUCGGUGCACCAGAACCUCCGGAGCCUUUACAGCGGAGUCAGCUACCUAGUUAUCCAUGGCAUACGAUAGCUUUGGAUUUUUUCGGGCCUCUGCCGGAAGGACAACAUUUAAUGGUUGUUAUUGAUUAUUACAGCCGCUUCAUGGAGGUAUGCGAAAUGGAAACGACAACUGCGCAAGAUGUCAUAAGAGAACUUUCCAUUAUGUUCAGCCGAUACGGUAUUCCUGUUACGUUAAAGGCAGAUAAUGCACCUCAACUUAGUGCAGACUGUGCGGAGUUUAAGCAAUUCUGUGAUGCAAAUGGCAUCAAACUGAUGAACACUAUUCCCUAUUGA